AUGACGACCGUCGCGGAGCUCAACAAGCCGUUCUCGCCGUGCGACCUGAAGAAGGUCCGCGCGAUCGAGUUCGGUGUACUCGACCCGGAGAUGCUGAAGCGCCUUUCUGUCUGCGAGGUGACGCAGACGGAAUUCUACCGUGAGGGCAUUCCGGUGACCGGCGGCCUGAACGACCUUCGGAUGGGCACGACCGACGCACGUCACAACUGUUUGACGUGCUACAUGGACCUGAAGCACUGCACUGGCCACUUCGGCCACAUCACCUUGUCGAAGGCGAUGUACCACUCGAGUUUCAUCACUGCGGUGAUGAAGGUGCUGCGCUGCGUGUGCUUCAACUGCAGCAGCCUGCUGUGCGCCAAGGACGACCCGCGCGUGAUACAGAUCAUGAAGCUGCGCGCGACCGCGCUGCGGCUGAACCGGCUGGUGGAAGUGUGCUCGACUUCGCCGCGUUGCCAGCACGCGACGCUGGCGGGGUCUAAGAUGAAGGGCUGCGGGUACCCGCAGCCGCGGUACAGCAAGGAGGGCACCAGCCUGCUGGUGCAGUUCACGGAGAAGCACCGCCAGAUGCUGGAGGAGGUGGACGAGGAGUGCGAGGAGAUUAAGCGCACGUUCACUGCUGACGAGGCGUACAAGAUCCUGAAGGGCAUCUCGCACGAGGACAUGCGGUACCUCGGGUUCAACCCCGAACGGUCGCAGCCGGCGUGGCUGAUUCUGCAGGUGCUUCCCGUGCCGCCGCCUCCCGUCCGUCCGUACGUGGCGUACGGGAGCGACCGCAGCGAGGACGACCUGACGCUGAAGCUGCUCGACAUCGUGAAGGCGAACAACAUGCUGAAGAAGCACGACGAGCGCGCGACGGCUCCUCACAUUCUGCAGGAGAUUUCGCAGCUGCUGCAGUACCACAUCACCACAUUGUUCGACAACGACAUACCGGGCAUGCCCGUGGCGUCGACGCGCUCGAAGAAGCCCAUCAAGUCGAUCCGCGCGCGCCUAAAGGGCAAGGACGGCCGUCUGCGUGGCAACCUGAUGGGAAAGCGUGUGGACUUCUCCGCGCGUACUGUCAUCACGGGCGACCCCAACCUGCCCAUCGACAUCAUCGGCGUGCCGAAGUCCAUUGCCAUGACUCUCACGUUCAGCGAGACGGUGACGCCGCUCAACUUCGAGAGCCUGCGCAGCAAGGUCGAGAUGGGCCCGCACGAGUGGCCGGGCGCUAAGUUCAUCGUCCGCGACGACGGUACGCGUUUUGACCUGCGCCACGUGAAGCGCGCGAGCGACCUGCAGCUGGAGUACGGCUACCGCGUGGAGCGCCAUCUACAGGACGGUGACUACAUCCUGUUCAACCGCCAGCCAUCGCUUCACAAGAUGAGUAUCAUGGGCCACCGUUGCAAGGUGCUGCCGUACUCCACGUUCCGCCUGAACCUGUCGGUCACCUCGCCGUACAACGCGGACUUCGACGGAGACGAGAUGAAUCUGCACCUCGCCCAGACGCACGAGACGCGCGCCGAGGUGAAGCACCUCAUGCUCGUGCCCAAGCAGAUCGUUUCGCCGCAGGGUAACCGUCCAGUCAUGGGUAUCGUGCAGGACUCUCUGCUGGGCAUCAGCAAGUUCACGCGUCGCGACUGCUUUUUGACCAAGGACAUGCUGAUGAACCUGCUGAUGUGGAUCCCGUACUGGGACGGCAAGCUGCCGCAGCCGUGCAUCUUCCACCCCGUUCCGCUGUGGACCGGCAAGCAGGUGAUCACGAUCAUCCUGACGUUCGACCAGCUGAACUCGCUGACGUGCAUCAACCUGAUGCGGAACUCCGGGACCUCAAUUGAGAACGACAACCCGUACUGCUCCGCCAACGACUCGAAGGUCAUCAUCAGCAAGAACGAGCACCUGUCUGGCAUCAUCUGCAAGAAGACCGUGGGCACGAGCUCAGGGUCGCUGAUCCACGUGCUGUGGCAUGAGGCCGGCCCCGAGCGGUGCAAGGAUUUCCUGUCGACCGUGCAGAAGGUGGUGAACAACUGGCUGAUCCACAACGGGUUCACCGUGUCGUGCUCGGACAUCAUGGCGAGCGAGUCCACGCUGGCCCAGGUGGCCGAGAUUCUGGACCGGUCCAAGAAGGAGGUGCAGCGGCUGGUGGGCCUGUCGCAGAAGGGCAAGCUGAAGUGCCAACCCGGUAAGUCGCUGUUCGAGUCGUUCGAGGCCCGUGUGAACAAGGAGCUGAACGAGGCCAGGGAGCAGAGUGGUACCAUCGCCGCGAAGAGUUUGGACGAGCGCAACAACAUCCUGGCCAUGGUGAACAGUGGAUCCAAGGGGUCCACCAUCAACAUUUCCCAGAUCAUCGCAUGUGUGGGUCAGCAGAACGUGGAGGGUAAGCGUAUCCCCUUCGGUUUCCGCGACCGUUCUCUCCCGCACUUCAUCCAGCACGACUACGGCCCCGAGAGCCGUGGGUUCGUGUCCAACUCGUACCUGUCCGGUCUGACUCCGCAGGAGAUGUUCUUCCACGCCAUGGGUGGUCGUGAGGGUAUCAUCGACACUGCGUGCAAGACCUCUGAGACCGGUUACGUCCAGCGUCGUCUCAUGAAGGCCAUGGAGGACAUCAUGGUGCACUACGACAAGACCGUUCGGAACGGCGUGGGCGACAUUCUGCAGUUCCUGUACGGCGAGGACGGCAUGGGCGCGGAGUACAUCGAGGACCAGACGCUGGACCUGAUGAAGCUCGACUUCGCGGAGCUUAACCGGCUGUACGCGCACGACUUCCGGAACGAGAACUACGGCGUCGGGUGGAUUUUGGAUGAGACCAUCCGCAACAACAUCCUCACUGACUUCAGCCAGCAGGUGGUGCUGGUCGAGGAGUACCAGCGUCUGCUCGACAUGAAGUCCAUCCUGUGCAAGCAGGUGUUCCCCGACGGCGAGACGCGGCAGCACCUGCCCAUCAACAUCUCGAGGCUGCUCGAGUACGCCAAGACGCAGUUCCCCAUGACCCCGGAGAGCCGCAAACUGAUGAACCCAGUUGACAUUGCCCAGCGCGUGCAGCAGCUGCUGGACGGUCUAACCAUUGUCGUGACUAGCGGCCCCCAGGACAUUCUGGCUGCCGAGGCGCAGGAAAACGCCACCAUCCUCAUUAAGGCGCACCUCUCGACGGCGCUCCACUCACGGCGUCUCAUGGAGAGGGAGAAGAUCGGCAACCUGGCGCUCGACUGGCUUUUGGGUGAGGUGAAGCGCAUAUUCUAUAAGUCGAUCUGCCACCCCGGCGAGUGCGUGGGCGCUGUGGCAGCGCAGUCCAUCGGUGAGCCCGCCACGCAGAUGACCCUGAACACUUUCCACUUCGCCGGUGUGAGUUCGAAGAACGUUACCCUGGGUCUGCCCCGCCUCAAAGAGCUUAUCAACGUGGUGCGGAACGUCAAGACGCCGUCGCUCACCAUCCACCUCGAGCGCGGCGUCGCCCACGACCAGGAGCGCGCGAAGGACAUGCAGACCCGGCUGGAAUACACCACGUUGGACAAGGUGGUGGCGAUGUCGCAGGUCAUCUACGACCCGCACGUGUCGCGAACGAUCGUGACGCGGGACUACAACUGGGUGCGUGAGUACUACGAGUUCCCCGACGACGACAUGGGCCGCCUGGGUCCGUGGGUGCUGCGCAUCCAGCUGUCGAACAAGGUGAUGACGGACAAGCGUCUCACGAUGAAGGAGAUCGUGGACCGCAUCUACCAGGAGUUCAGCCACGACGAGAUCGACUGCAUCAACACCGACGACAACAACGACGAGCUGGUGCUGCGCAUCCGCGUGAAGUACUCCAGCAUGGAGGUCGACCAGCAGAACCUGGGCGAGAACGAGGGCGAGUUCCUGCAGCGUUUCAUGUCUCAGGUGUUGGUGAACGUGAAACUGCGUGGCGUGGCCAAGAUUUCUAAGGUGUAUAUGCGUGAAGAGGCCCAGAUCAAGUACAACGAGUCCAACGGUAGGUUCGAGCGUGUGAGCCAGUGGGUCCUGGAUACCGACGGCUGCAACCUGGAAGACGUGCUGCCGAUCCCCUGCGUCGACGCGCAGCGCUCGAUUUCGAACGACAUCAGCGAGAUCUUCCACGUGUUGGGUAUCGAGGCGGCGCGUAUGGCGCUGCUGCGUGAGCUGAGGGCCGUCAUCAGUUUCGACGGUAGCUACGUGAACUAUCGCCACCUGUCGCUGCUGUGCGAUGUGAUGACCCAGAAGGGCCACAUUAUGUCCAUCACGCGCCACGGUCUGAACCGCGCGGACCGUGGCCCUAUGGUGAAGUGUAGUUUUGAGGAGACUCUGGAGGCGCUGGUGGACGCCGCCGUUUACGCGGAGGUGGACAACCUCAAGGGUGUCACGGAGAACGUCAUGCUGGGUCAGCUUUGCCCCAUGGGUACCGGUUGUUUCGACAUCAUGAUCGACGAGGAGAAGCUUCGCGACGCAAACCAGAACCUGCAGAUCGUGCCGGAUUCCGCCAUGUCUGGAUUCACCAGCCCGGACUCCACGAGCCCGGAUUCCAUGUCGCCGGCUAAAAUAAACUCGAUGCUGUCGCCGCUGCCGUUCAGCCCGUCGUACGCGGCUCUGAUGAUGUCGCCGGUGAUCAACGCGUCGUCGCCCGGGUUCGCGGCGUCCCCUGCCAUUGACACCAAGGCUCUCGGAGGUAGCUUCUCUCCGACCGUGAUGUCGCCGCAGUCGCCUGCGAGUCCCGGGUACGCCCCGCUGUCGCCGAACCCGCUGUCGCCGAACCCGCUGUCGCCGAACCCCCUAUCGCCAACUAUGGGCAUGAUGUCUCCGACUAGCCCGGUGUACUCGCCGACUAGUCCCGUGUAUAGUCCGACAAGCCCCGUGUACGGCCAAUCUGCGGCGGUGUACAGCCCCGCGAGCCCGGCUUAUUCCCCAACAAGCCCCGUGUACUCGCCCACCAGCCCGGCCUACUCGCCUACGAGCCCAGCAUACUCUCCGACGAGUCCCGCUUACUCGCCAACGAGCCCAGCAUACUCUCCAACGAGUCCUGCCUACUCGCCGACAAGCCCCGCGUACUCGCCUACCAGUCCCGCGUAUUCGCCCACGAGUCCAGCGUAUUCGCCAACCAGCCCGGCGUACUCGCCUACCAGUCCCGCGUAUUCGCCCACGAGUCCGAACCUCGGUUACUCUCCGACGAGCCCCGUGUACCAGCCCACGAGCCCCGCGUACUCGCCGACAAGUCCGGCCUACUCACCCACGAGCCCGGCCUACUCCCCGACGAGCCCGGCGUACUCGCCUACCAGUCCGGCGUACUCGCCGACGAGUCCAGAGUAUUCUCCGCAGGAUCCUUUCUCUCCGAACCCGUUCGAGGAGGAGAACUAA